UGCAAAGAUUAUAACAUGACUUCUUGUAAUAUGUACAAUAAGACAAAAAUAAUUAAAAAGAAAUUAUUAAUACCAGAUGAAAUAGAAGUUAGAACAGGUUUCGAAAAUAACAGAGACAAGGACAAAAGAUCAUCUAUUCAGAGAUAUAUUGACCUCUUAGCAGAUGGCCUUCAUUCAAAGUUGACAUUCGAAUUUUACGGACACAAGGGAGAACUCGCCAUUAUUGUUGAAAAUAUCAGAGAAACUUACAUCUCUUAUUCGUCCAUAAGUUACAUUCCAACUACAUUUGCAAUACGUGCUGCAAGACCUUUAGAUAAAGCCUUCAUCUUGGUAAAACCUUUCGAUGUAAUGAUUUGGAUUUGUAUUCCUCUCUCUUUCCUUAUCAUCUUGUUAACUAUGUAUGGAAUUAUGAAAAAAGAGAAUGAGUAUCGAAACAUGGAAAUGCCAAAAUUUUACAUUUUAUUUUGGAUUAUAUUGAGAAACUUUCUUCGACAAGACACAAGCAUAAAUCGUUAUGUUUUUAUUACGUUUCGUAUUAUGUUUGGCUGUUGGAUCUUGACUGCAUUUGUCCUGACAUCAGCAUACGUCGGAACUUUGCCAUCGUUCAUUGUUAAUCCUGGAACCGAAACCAUUCCUCAGACAUUUCAGCAAUUGGCUCAAUCGGUGAAAGAAGGACGAUACAAUAUCACUUUUUUUACGUGGGGUCAUGAAUCAUCUUACUUUAUGCAACUUCAUUCCGAUACGGACUUCAGAACGAAAAUUAAAAAUGAGAUCAUCGAAAUCUUUUGUGAAAAUGUUAAACAAUAUUGGAGUAGCAAACCGAUUGAAAAAGUAAUUAAUGGAACACACGCCAUCCUUGCACCGAAAGAAAGAAUCGAAUUGAGCAUGAGCAAAGGACAAAAAAAAAAGGUUUUCAUUUCAGAAGACAAACUUUUUACGAAAUUCCAUUUCCUACAAAUAAAUUUAGUCAGAGUGAAUUAUGCUGAGGAAAUUUGCCAAACGAUAAAUCGCAUUGAACAAAGUGGAUUAUCUGAGAAAAUUCACAGAGACGUUCUUGAAGAAAAAAGAAGAAACGACUCCUACGAUGAUAAGACAAUCGAUAAUAACGAACAUCCUCUGAAAACGGAUGAUAUUAUUGGUCUAAUCUAUUUAUUACUUACAGGAUAUUUGAUCUCUUCUGUAGUAUUUCUUACAGAAAUUCUU